CAUUUCUUCAUCGUUUCUUAUCUUGUUGCUUGUAUUUCAUUCAGGCUUGCUGCUAUCAAAUUCGAUCCUUCGGUAUCACCCGUACUCCUGAGAGAUAGAGAGAACCAAAAUGGCGGAAGCUAUCAUCGUCGGUAUUGCUGGAAAGAUCGUUGCUUAUCUGGUUCCUCAAGCACUAGAUAACGUUGGAAUGUUAUGGGGCGUCAAUCGUGAACUCGAGGCGCUUGGGGACACUGUCUCCACUCUUCAGUCUGUACUAGACCAUGCAGAAGAGCAAUACCACCGGAGUCCCCAAAUCAAAGUUUGGGUUGAUAAAUUGAAAGAAGCUUUCUAUGAUGCACAGGACAUGCUUGAAGAAUUCAAUAUAGAAGCUAUGCAACGAGAACUAAGGGGCCACAAUGAAAUGAUGAAGGAGGUAAGGACAUUUUUCUCAAGUUCAAACCAACUUGCUUUUAAAAUGAAGAUGAGUUACAAACUAAGAGCCGUGAGGAAGAGAAUAGAAGCCAUUAAGGCUGAUAAGGGAUUCCACUUGGAUGAGCGCCCCGAGAGAGAGUGGAGGAAGAGAGAAGAGACACAUUCAUUUAUACGUGAGGGAGAUAUUAUAGGGAGAGAAGAUGAUAAGAAGACGAUUGUGGAAUUUUUACUCAACUCAAACGUGCAAGAGAACGUUUCCAUCCUUCCAAUAAUUGGUAUUGGGGGGCUUGGAAAAACAGCUCUCGCUCAAAGCGUGUAUAAUGAUAAGAUGGUCAGUAAACAAUUUAACUUAAAAAUGUGGGUUUGUGUCUCUGAUGACUUUGACAUGAAAAAAAUAGUGAAAAAUAUCAUAGCUUGUGCAGAAAAGGAAGAAUCAAUUGAUGAUGCAAUGGAACGAUUGCAAAGUAAACUGAGGGGAGCAAUUGAUGGAAAGAGAUAUCUUUUAGUUUUAGAUGAUUUGUGGACUACAGAACUAGAAACAUGGUUGAGCUUGAAAACUUUAUUGUUGGGAGGUGCUAGAGGAAGCAAGAUCCUUAUAACUACACGCCUUCCUUUGGUUGCGGAGAUCACCGGCACUACUCCGCCUCAUCUUCUCAGGAGCUUAUCUGAAAGUGCGUCUCUCAAAUUACUAAUGCAAAUUGCUUGUUGUAAAGAAGAGGAGAUACAAAAUCCCGACAUGCUAGCUAUUGGUAAAGAUAUAGUAGGAAAGUGCUCUGGGGUUCCAUUGGCUAUUCGAACUAUUGGGAGUUUACUCUUUAAGAAAAGUAAACUUGAAUGGUUGCGAUUCAAAGAAAAUGAGCUCCCAGAUGUGUCUAGAAGGGAAGACGGCAUAAUGUCAAUUCUUAAGCUUAGUUAUGACCAUCUUCCUUCACAUUUGAAACAAUGUUUUGCGUUUUGUUCAUUGUUUCCCAAAAAUUAUAAGAUAAAGAAGCAAACUUUGGUCAAUCUUUGGAUGGCGAAAGGAUUUAUCAAGCAAUCAAAUGGACCUCAUCAUUUAGAAGACAUUGCUUGUGGAUAUUUCAAGGAUCUUUUGUGGAGUAACUUCUUUCAAGACUAUCAGGAAAAUGAGGAGACUUGCAAGAUGCAUGAUUUGAUGCAUGAUCUAGCUUGCUUAGUUGUAGGGACCGAGUGUUGGGUAACAUGGGAUCACCCAAAACACAAACUUGAAAGAACUCGUCAUAUAUCUCAUGAUUCAACUUCUAAUUUCAUGGGUAAACUUCCAAUCUCACGAUUGAAAGCAAGCACACUAAGAACAAUUUUGCUCUUCACAAGAGAUUGGAGAGGGGAACCAACAAGUGAAGCAAAUCUACACCGACUCAUUCAAAGUUUCAAGAGGUUGCGCAUCUUGCAUCUGCAUGCCGCAAAUGUCGAGAAGGUGCCAAGGUCCAUUGGUAAGUUGAAGUAUCUCACGUAUCUCGAUCUCUCUUACAAUAAAGCACUCAAAAGUCUUCCUAACUCUAUUACGAGGUUGCAGAAUUUGCAAACACUUAAUCUUAACUAUUCUAGCUUGGAAGAAUUGCCAAAGGGUAUAAGGAAGUUAGUUAGUCUUCGAAUUCUAAACAUAGAUGAUUGUGAUAAACUUUAUUAUAUGCCAUGUGGAUUAGGGCAAUUGAGUUUGUUGCAUAGGUUAAAUUGCUUUAUAUUGCCCAAAUAUAAAGCUUUUACUAAGAAUUAUUGCGGACUUGGGGAGCUAAAUAGGCUUAAUAACAUCCGGGGAACACUUUCCAUUAAAAAUUUGGAUAGCGUGACAAAUGUAGUAGAAGAAUCCAAGGCUGCGAACCUGAGAGAGAAGCAUUCUUUGGAAGUCUUGGUUCUUUCAUGGGACAUUUUCAAUAUUACUGACGAAGCAAUAAUUACAAAGAGAGAUGAAGCACUAUUAGAUGGAUUGAGGCCAUCCGACAAUCUGCAGGAGUUGAUUAUUGAUGGAUAUAAUGGUGAGAGUUUCCCGAUGUGGAUGACCGAGUUGCCCAAUUUAGUUGAGUUAAAAUUGGCGUGGUGCAAGAGAUGUAAACAUUUCCCCCAAUUUGGCCUUAGUAAGUUGAAGCGUCUUGACAUCUCUGGGAUGAACUCUCUAGAAUAUUUGCUUGGGGAGUGUCUAGAAAGUCUCACCUCACUUGAAUCUCUUGAUAUCUAUUAUCUUCCUCGGUUAACUUCCCUCCCACUUAGUUUGUGGCAUCUAUCGAAGCUUGUGGAUCUCUGUAUUACAUGGUGUUACGAGCUCGAUUUAUCCAAAGAUGAAAGCGGCAACAUCAUCUUGGAUUUCCAUGGACUUCAGAGUCUCCGGUCUCUACGAAUUGGUCAUCUUCUCAAACUAGAAUCUCUCCCACAGUGGAUUCUACAGCUCCGUAGUCUCGAGUGUCUCUAUAUUUCCGAUUGCCCCAAUUUUAAGGCAUUAUCAGAGCAAAUCGAGAAAUGUGAGGAGCUGGAUUUAUCCAAAGACGAAAGCAGCAACAUCUUGGAUUUCCAUGGAUGCCUUCAGAGUCUCUGCUCCGUGACAAUCUCUCACCUUCCCAGACUGACAUCUCUCCCACAGUGGCUUCUACAGGCCCACAAUCUCGUGGAUCUCAAUAUUUGGUAUUGUGACAAUUUGAAGGAUAUACCGAGCAGAUCGAGGUCCUUCAAUCACUUCGGAUUCUCAACAUCAUGCGUUGCGACUCGUUGA